AUGACGAGCUCCUUAUUGUUUACAGGCAGUACAGUCGGAUCUGUGGUCGGCACCAUCCUGCUUGAACGGAUUGUCAAUUUCCUUGGUCGAUUUUAUCCGUUUUUGGACCAACACACCUAUCUACCCGUCGUUCCAUUUUUUGAUCGCCUAUUCACCAAGAAUGUGCCAGCAGCUCUCCCUUGUGGUGUCGGAUAUUCACCUGCAAAAGCACGAUUUUCCUCGCUCGUCCUUGGAUGUCUCCUUCAUCCUCUGUUCUUUAUUGUAAUGGGUACCGCUCGUAAUUAUCCAGCAUUACUUAUGGCAUAUGUUAUUGCCGCGUUUGCACGCUCUUUCUGGACCGGUGAGCGCUUGAAUUUUUAUGUUGUGUCCACACCCAAGAAGCCCCUUGGGGUUUUACUUGGAUGUUGGUGCAUUGGGUCGUUUUCGGCCCCGCUCGUGUGCCAAACACUUAUGGCAGAGGGAAUUUCCUGGAAGCAUUUUUAUCUUGGCUCCUUAGUUAUUUCUGCAAUCGCUUUGAGCUUGACGAUCUUUUCUUUCCGUCCGACGCGCGACGAGUUUCUGGCAGACCGUAAGGUCGCACUCGACACCAUGCAGAUUUCGCCAAGUGCCCACAUCCCGGGGACUGAGACGAUGAUACAACCAUCUAAUGCAGAGAAAGUCCGAGAAUCCUCUGCCCGCACUCUCCUCUUGGCUCUGUCAAUGCCAUACCAAUGGGCCUUUUCGUUGUUCGCAUUUAUUUACGGCGGUAGCGAGACUACUUUUCAAGGAUUUAUCGUUACCUAUCUCCUUACCAAUCGAGGUUCUAGUCCGAACACCGUCGGGUACGUCAGUAGCGGCUUUUGGGGAGGCAUGGCCGCUGGCAGAAUUUUAUGGGGCUAUUAUUGCACUGGGUCGGUCGCAGUGUAUCGUCACGGCCUUGUCUCAUUUUUGAUGUGCGUUUCCUUCCUGAUGACCAUCCUCAUUUGGCUUGUUGACUCGACAAUCGAGAACGCCCUUUCAUCUGUCGUAGUGGGUUUGAUGUAUGGGCCUAUAUUUCCUGGGACACUGGGCCUUUGUAACGAUAUCCUGCCGAGAGACGUACACAUGGUUUCAAUGGCUAUUCUCACUGCUGUUGCUAGCGCAGGAAGUGCCGUGCUCCCGUUCAUUACCGGCAUAAUCUCGAACAAGGACGGCAUGAGGGUCUUCUGCUAUGUGACCGUCUCUCAAACUGUGUCCAUGUUCGUCCUUUGGCUCUUCUUUCCCUCGUCUCCGCCCGCGCGCGUUUCAAGUCCUGCAUGAACCUAGAGAAGCUAUCAAGGAAUGACGUGACUUGUAGAUUCGGACAUCAAAUUUUUGGCCAUAGAGUGGCGUGUAUCAACUACGUAGUGUUUGAUCCUGUGGAAGUAAUUUGUGUCUACGUCGUGUACCAACUUCCUUUGGAUCCACUUUCAAUGCAAUCAAAACAACAAAAAUCUGCCUGUGUAGCAUCCGUGAUAAAUGCUGUGACUUUCAAACCUCGUUGAUGUCGACGUCAGGACCAGAGAUCAUGACCUUGAUGAUCCCUUUGCCAUCGGGACUCUUGCCAAUGCGAGUGAUUUCAAAUGCCUCACAUGCCUGUCUGAAUGGGAAACUAUUGCGACUUUUA